AUGGAUACCCACUGCCCUUGGGCCAGUUCUAAGGACCCCUACUCCCUCAAGCGUAGACACACAAGGAGCAACACGGACUGCUCGCAUCCUUCCCUACAUUCCGUAUCCUCGUUCCCUUCUUCCUCCAUAAUCUUCCUCUCUGAGACGCCAAAUAAUCACAAUAAUCACUUUCCUGGUCAAGAAAGCCGUCGUAUCGAUGCCUCACCAAGCAUCACACAACCAUCUCGCGUCAAAGGCAGUAAGCGCGGCGGACGUGGGCAAGACGGUGAUGACCUUGACGAGCCGCACCGCACCGCAAUCACUCCAAGCUGGUUCGGUUCCCUCAAGGGUUAUGCCUUCUCGGCAAGUUCUAAUUCAAGGGGUGCAUUUGCUCCAUUGGCCCAAUCAACAUCCUCUAAAAGCUGCUCCCCAAAGUCCCACCAUUCUCCGUGCCGCGGACGCUCCUCUUCGAUCUACCAUGCCGGCACCCUCGACGGUAGCGAUAGCGACAGCGACUACAGCAGUGAGAACAAAUAUGACGAGCCUAUCACGGACAGGAACGGUCUCAAGGAGAAUCGCGUGCGCGGACCAAGGAUAAACUGGGCCACACUUGACCCCUCCUUGGGAGGGCUCUUUAACCAGUCCUACAAGGCCCUGCCUGGACCCGAUUCAGAACUGUCUUCGCCUUCGUGCUCUUCAUCGGCUUCCUCGCUGCAUUCACUCACACUUUCAAAUGUCGAGGAUCUGGCCGUCUCCCAGGCACCCUAUCGAGACGAUAUCAAUGAAGACGGCGCAAAUGCCGAUGCAUGGAGCGAUCCUUCAGGACCCGAAGGUACGGAGAUGGGGGACCCUAUCCCAAGCAGCGCUGCCAAUGCUUACGCUAUGCCGCCGCCAGCGUCCACAGCAACAUCUUCGGCGUUUUCCUUUAUCAAAUCCUACGUUUCGUCCCUCCCCAACUUUCACGGACGGAGCUCAGGGGCCACUGGAGCACAACAAGUUGGAGCCGGAUCCAAUCUACCGGCAGGAACAGGGUCCUGGUCCCUUCGAAAGUUGUCAGCAAACAUUUUGAACAAUAAUCAGUACGUUUCUAUUAGCAGCUCAAAAGAGAGGGAUCAGGCGCGAUUAGAUAGCCCCGACAGCCACUACGAAUUUGAUGAACCGCACUGGGAUGAUGACGAGGACAGCAUGAAGAGCGCCGCCAGUGACAAUAGCAUUGCAGCUGCGGUGGCCAUCCCUCCGAAUUCAUCGUCUGUGUCGUAUUUCACAUCGAUCCUCAGCAGUGCCUCCAGCGCUGUCACCAUCAAGGAGUCCCAGUACAUCUUGACCCAGGUUCGGGACAAUCUCGAACACCUCCCUGUCAGCAGCAGAAGCCUCAAGAAGAUUGGCCGAAUGGCCUGA